GCCGGCCCCCGGUGUUGUCUGCUGGGUAGCGCCGGCAGGCCCGCGCGGCGGCGGAGGAAGAAGCCCUGCGACGCUCCUCGCCGCGCCCUCCUUCGCUCGCGGCCGGGGUUGGUCCCGCCUUUCCCGCUCCAGUAGUACGGCGCCGCGGGCCGGCCCUCGGCGGGCUGGCAGCUAAGCAGCCGCGCUCAGCCCAGGACUUGAAAAGCUGAGUCAAACCUCAAGCCUGUUUUGUUAUAAGGAUUCCUGAUGUCUUUAGAAACUGCCACAAAGACAGUGAGAAGAUGAGCAGCUACGAUUCAGAAAAACUGAAGUUUGAAAAGAUUUCUGACAAAACUAGAGAGAGAGAAAUUGCAUUGAUUAAGAGGAAAAGACAUGAAGAUCUCUGAAAGUUAACAGAAGAUAGGAUGGAUGCUACAGUAAUAUUGUCUAUUUUGAAGAAAAAGUUGGCUUUCCUCUCAGGUGGGAAGGACAGAAGAAGUGGCCUCAUUCUGACAAUUCCAUUAUGCCUUGAACAAACAAAUAUGGACGAAUUGAGUGUCACCUUGGACUAUCUGUUAAGUAUUCCAAGUGAAAAGUGUAAAGCCAGAGGAUUUACUGUUAUAGUGGAUGGUAGAAAAUCUCAGUGGCAUGUCGUAAAGACUGUGGUGUUAAUGCUACAGAAUGUUGUUCCAGCUGAAGUAUCCCUUGUUUGUGUAGUAAAACCAGAUGAAUUCUGGGAUAAAAAGGUUACACAUUUUUGCUUUUGGAAAGAGAAAGAUAGACUUGGCUUUGAGGUUAUUUUGGUAUCUGCCAACAAACUUACUCGAUACAUAGAACCAUGUCAGCUAACAGAAGAUUUUGGAGGGACUCUUACCUAUGAUCAUAUGGAUUGGCUGAACAAAAGACUGGCAUUCGAGAAGUUUACAAAAGAGUCUACGUCCUUACUUGAUGAGCUUGCAUUAAUCAACAGCGGAAGUGACAAGGGGAACCAACAGGAGAAAGAGAGGUCUAUAGACUUAAAUUUUCUUCCAUCUGUUGAUCCCGAGACUGUUCUGCAGACAGGUCAUGAGCUCUUAUCGGAAUUGCAACAACGCCGUUUUAAUGGUUCAGAUGGAGGAGUUUCAUGGUCCCCCAUGGAUGAUGAACUGCUUGCUCAGCCUCAAGUUAUGAAGUUACUAGAUUCACUCAGAGAACAGUAUACACGGUAUCAAGAAGUAUGCAGGCAAAGGAGCAAACGUACUCAGCUGGAAGAGAUUCAACAGAAGGUAAUGCAGGUAGUGAACUGGCUUGAAGGGCCGGGUUCUGAACAGCUUAGAACCCAGUGGGGAAUCGGCGAUUCAAUUAGGGCUUCACAAGCUUUGCAGCAGAAACAUGAAGAGAUUGAAAGUCAACACAGUGAAUGGUUUGCAGUGUACGUGGAACUUAAUCAACAGAUUGCAGCUUUGCUGAAUGCUGGAGAUGAAGAAGAUCUUGUAGAACUAAAAGCAUUACAACAGCAGCUGAGUGAUGUUUGCUAUCGGCAGGCCAGUCAGUUGGAGUUUAGGCAGAAUCUGCUACAAGCAGCCCUUGAAUUUCAUGGUGUUGCUCAAGAUUUGUCUCAGCAGCUAGAUGGAUUACUUGGGAUGCUGUGUGUUGAUGUAGCACCAGCCGAUGGAGCAUCAAUUCAGCAAACUUUAAAACUGCUUGAAGAGAAAUUAAAAAGUGUUGACCUGGGCCUCCAAGGUUUGCGUGAAAAAGGUCAAGGUCUUCUUGAUCAGAUAUCUAACCAGGCUUCAUGGGCUUAUGGAAAAGAUGUAACGAGUGAAAACAAAGAGAAUGUUGAUCACAUCCAGGGAGUAAUGGAAGACAUGCAGCUCAGGAAGCAAAGAUGUGAGGACAUGGUAGAUGUGCGACGAUUAAAGAUGCUUCAGAUGGUUCAGCUGUUUAAGUGUGAAGAGGAUGCUGCUCAGGCAAUAGAAUGGUUAAGUGAAUUAUUAGAUGCUCUGCUGAAGACUCAUACCCGACUGGGAGAUGAUGCCCAAGAAACCAAAAUUUUGUUGGAAAAACAUAGGAAAUUUGUUGAUGUAGCACAGAGUACCUAUGAUUAUGGGCGACAGUUACUACAGGCUACUGUGGUUUUGUGUCAGUCUCUGAGAUGCACUUCUAGAUCUUCAGGAGAGACACUUCCAAAGCUGAACCGAGUGUGGAAACAAUUCACAAUCACUUCAGAAGAAAGAGUAACAAGGCUAGAGAUGGCUGCUGCUUUCCAUUCAAAUGCUGAAAAAGUUUUGCAAGAAUGCCCAGAGGAGUCUGAAUCUAUAUAUGAUCCGGAACAAUUUGAUGAGAUUGAAGCUGUUGGAAAAUCCCUUCUGGAUAGAUUGACAGUUCCUGUGGUUUAUCCUGAUGGCACUGAGCAGUUCUUUGGGAGCCCAAGUGACAUGGCUUCUUCAGCUGAACACAUCAGAGAGAAGAUAAAGCUGGUUUGUCUGAGAAAACAGCAGCUGACACAACCAGAAGUCUGUGCCACAGAGAGCUAAUAGUCUCUACCUGCCAAUUCAUAAGAUGUCUAUUUGUAACUCAGCAUGUCAUCUGCAUUCUAUGCCUGCCAUAAUACAUGAAAAUGCAUUUCACAGCUAUUAUUAAAAAUAAAACUCUUCAUCCUUCUUGAAGUAAAUCUUAUUCUACAUCUUAACCAUGUAUUUCUAUGAAGCCAUAAUUUAACAUGCUAUGAACCCACAGACUUCAAACAUAAGUAAAAGGAGCUGAAGACGUUGCACUGAACACUUGCUUUGAAGCUUUAUCCCAACUGUCAGGUGCUGCUUUAUCUAAGCAACUGAUGCAAGUUUUGAAUGGUGCUAAUAAGUACAAGUUCCACACAAAAAAUAAUUCUCUUUAUUCUCCAGAUGAUGUAGUAUUUUAGGCUGUAGGUAAACUAUCUGUUGUAUAGACAGUGGUGACCUAUAAUUUUGAUUUGUAUUUUUUUUAAAUGGUCCUUUUUAUUGUGCCGAGAUGUGCCAUUAAAUCCUUGAAAUUCAUUAUAGUUGGGUUUUUUCCAAUUUGUAUGGAUAAUGUAUUAAGAAAUGUUUUGUGCUUAAUAAAAUCCAUCUUUCAAAAAUCCAGUAA